AUAAAUAAAUAAAAGAGGCGAGGCACAGCAUGAGCAACUGUGAUCCGAUCUCCACUGAAUGUGAAAUAAAGCGUAAGAAAUGGCGUCCUUUCUCCACCAACGGAACCUGCACAACCCUUUCUCCAAAUUCCCGGCAACACCUCCUUCUGCAUCCAAUUCCAAGAAACCCCUCUCCCUCGGCGGCCCCACCGCGCUCCUAGCCCUCCUCUCCCUCCUAGUGCUGCUCGGCGUCUUCAGCCCCUGGCUCGGCAGCGGCGUGCCCAGGGCCUUCUCCACAACUUCCGCUUCCAAAUGGAGUCGCUACACGCUCCAACAGGCCCUCUCCUUCGUCGCCAAAAACGGCUCCGUCAUCGUCUGCAUUGUCAGCCAGCCCUACUUGCCCUUCCUCAACAACUGGCUCAUUAGCAUCGCCAUGCACCGCCGCCAUGACAUGGUCCUCGUCAUCGCCGAGGACUACGCCUCGCUCCAUAAGGUUAACGACCUUUGGCCUGGCCACGCUGUCCUCAUCCCUCCCGUGCUCGACGCUGAAGCCGCCCAUAAGUUUGGCUCUCAGGGUUUCUUCAACUUUACAGCCAGGAGGCCAAGCCAUCUGCUAAAGAUUUUGGAGCUUGGAUAUAGUGUGAUGUACAAUGAUGUUGAUAUGGUUUGGUUGGCAGAUCCAUUUCCUUAUUUGAAAGGGAACCAUGAUGUGUAUUUUACAGAUGAUAUGACUGCAAUCAAACCAUUGAAUCAUUCCCAUGAUUUACCACCUCCAGGAAAAAAAGGCCGUCCUUACAUAUGUAGUUGCAUGAUUUUCCUCCGCCCUACUGAUGGAGCAAAGCUGAUUUUGAAAAAGUGGAUUGAAGAGCUUCAGAUGCAGCCAUGGUCUAAAACUAUGAAAUCUAAUGAUCAGCCUGCGUUUAACUGGGCUUUAAUGAAGAAUGCUAAAGAGGUGGAUUUGUACCUCCUUCCACAGGAAGCAUUCCCCACAGGCGGAUUAUAUUUCAAGAACAAAACAUGGGUUAAGGAAACUAAAGGAAUGCAUGUUAUAAUUCAUAAUAACUAUAUUGUUGGCUUUGAGAAGAAAAUAAAGCGCUUUCGUGACUAUGGCUUAUGGUUGGUGGAUGAUCAUGCACAAGAGUCUCCUUUAGGUGGAUUAUGAUCCUUGGUCGAUGACUCGAGUUUAUCGUUAGCUUUGGUCCAAGCAUUUGGAUUCAGAAACAUGCUUUCUCUGCCAAUUUGUUCAUCCGUAUUGCUUGGUGGAUGUUUUUUUUUUGAAUAGAUUACAACCGUUGCUGUAAACUUGCAACAUUGACCUCAUGAUGGGUUGAAAAAAAAAUGGUCUUUUGCAUUCAAUUUUGUGAAGAAAAAAGGUGCUUACAAAAUGUAGAUUUUAUUUCAAGAACGAGAAAGAGAAGGGUUAAUUUGGUUCUUGGAGUUUGUACCUGAUAAUGUAUUAUUGUUUAGAAGACAAAAGAAUAUGCUUCCACUGUAAGAAUUAUUUAAUUCGCAGAUAUAUGAAAUAUAUUCUAUUUUUUGGCACUACA